AUGGCACAAAUCUUCAAGGAACGGCCUUCAUGUGAGGAUGAUAUAAGCGAGUAUCAUGUCGAGUUCCAAAACAACCCAACACAGACUGCCGAGAGGAAGAAAGCUGAGAAGAGACUGGUUCGUCGGAUCGACAUUCGACUUCUUCCUUGGCUAUGCCUUCUUUACGCCCUGUCGCUGAUUGAUCGUACCAAUAUAUCCGCAGCAAAAGUCGCUGGGAUGUCCCAGGACCUGCAGCUUACGGGAAAUCGUUUCUCUGUUGCUCUCGUGGUGUUUUUUGCACCAUAUCUGAUGAGUGAAUUGCCUAGCAAUUUCAUCGUUCGACGCGUGGGAACACGGUACUAUCUCGCAUUUCUCAUCAUGAUCUGGGGAACAGUAUCCAUGUGCUUUGGAUUUGUUACUCAAUACUCCCAGCUGGUGGGCCUACGGCUACUUCUUGGGGCGUUUGAAGGAGGAUUUAAUCCCGCCUGCAUAUACCUAAUAUCCUCCUGGUAUGAAAGAUAUGAGACCCAACGCAGACUCUCCAUUUGGUACAUGUCAGGCUCAGUGAUAUCCGGAUUCAAUGGGAUCAUCUCGUACGGGCUGAGCACACUGGAAGGUCUCGGGGGAAGACGGGGAUGGAACUGGAUAUUCAUUGUUCCUGGUGCCAUGACAAUGUUCCUCGCCGUUCCUAUAUUCUUCUUUGUGUCAGACUUCCCAGAAAAUGCAAAAUGGCUGAGUCCGGAGGAGCUCGGACUUAUUCAAAGGCGGCUUCAGGCAGACCGAGGCGAGCGUCUUGACGACAAAAUCACAAUUCGAAAAGCUCUCAAAGGUCUCACUGAUUGGAAAGUCUGGGUGCUGGCCGGCUUGCUAUUCUUUCCCACUGCCGGUGCCUACACAAUGGCAUUCUUCACACCCUCGGUCCUGUCGGGAUUAGGCUACAGCACCGCGCUCAGCCAGAUUUUAGUGACACCACCGUAUCUGAUGGCUGCCAUCUUUUCUAUUGCAACAGGUAUAAUAUCAGACCGUGUCCGAACUAGAAGUCCAUUUAUCAUUGGGUUCAUGCUGCUUAAUUGUGCUGGAUUCAUUAUGAUGGGAUGGGGAAAUAACACGGGCUGCAAAAUGGCCGGAAUAUUUAUGGCUGUUGUGGGAAACAACUGUGCUAUACCAACUGUUCUAAUAUUUAUGUCAAACAACGUUGUCGGUACAAGCAAGAGGCAAAUUGCAGUUCCUCUUCAGACAAGCUUAGCUGCUCUUGGUGGGAUUUUUGGGUCCACUGAGCAGCAUUACCCUGACUAUCGUCCUGGGCUAUAUGCCAGUAUCGCAUGUACAGUGGUUUGCAUAUUUAUUAACGGUGGAAUCACUGUCUGGUUUUACUUGGAGAACGAAGCGGCUGACCGUAAGGAGAAAGUCCUUGAAGGAUUGGAAGGAUUUCGAUAUACGCUUUGA